AAGGGGCGACCCCCGCAGCCCCAGCGCCGCCGGGCCGCGCACAGCCCCUACCGCACCGCACCGCACCGCGCCGCGCCGCGCCCUGCCGCUCCGCGCCGCACCUCGGCCGCCCCGGCCCCGGCCCCGGCCCCGGCCCCGGCCCCGGCCCCGUCCCCGCCUCCGACGCCGCUACAAAAGCGACCGCCGUCCCCCGCCGCGGAGCCUCCGCGGGGAGCGGGAGCCGGAGCCUGGCCGGGUCCCCGCGCAUGGCGGGGGGGGGCCGCCCCGGACAUGCCCCUCUCCCCGCCGCCGCUCGGCUUCGCUCUCCUCCUCCUCCUGCUGCUGCUGCUGGCGGCCGCGGGAAGGUCCCUCCCGGUGAGGCGGAGUUCAGAUGGGUCCCUCUCUGGGGUUAUGCAGAAGUGGAAGGAGUAUCAGCUCCAAUGUCUGAAAUACCUGUAUGAGGCACCCCCCAUUACGGCAGAAGGCAAGUUCUGCAAUAGAACAUUUGACAAUUAUGCCUGCUGGCCAGACGGACUGCCCGGCACCUAUGUGAAUGUCAGCUGUCCCUGGUAUCUCCCCUGGGCUAACGCAGUGCUGCAUGGGCAGGCGUACCGAUUUUGCACCCUGGAGGGGACGUGGCUGCUGAAUGAGAAUUCAACCCUGCCCUGGAGGAACCUGUCUGAGUGCGAGGCCUCCGACCAGGAUGCACCAGAAGAACAGCUCCUGAAUUUGUCCAUCAUAUACACCAUUGGAUAUGCUCUUUCCUUCUCUGCCCUUGUAAUAGCAACUGCCAUUCUUCUUGGAUUCAGGCAUCUGCAUUGCACAAGGAAUUAUAUUCACCUGAACCUCUUCACCUCUUUCAUCCUCCGCGCUAUAUCUGUCUUCAUUAAAGACUCAGUGGUGAAGUGGAUGUACAGCACAGCCACACAAGAACACCAGUGGGAAGGACUUAUCUCCUUCCAGGAAUCACUCAGCUGCCGUUUGGUCUUUGUGAUGAUGCAGUACUGUGUGGCUGCGAACUACUACUGGUUGCUGGUGGAAGGCAUGUACCUGUACACACUGCUGGUACUUUCAGUCUUUUCUGAGCAGAGAAUUUUUCGGCUUUAUCUCUGCAUUGGCUGGGGUGUGCCAAUGCUGUUUGUUAUCCUCUGGGGAACUGUCAAGUACCUUUAUGAAGAUGAGGGUUGCUGGACCAGAAACUAUAACAUGAAUUACUGGUUGAUCAUCAGACUGCCCAUUCUCAUCGCUAUUGGGGUAAAUUUCCUGAUCUUUAUCAGAGUUAUAUGCAUCAUAAUCUCCAAACUACAGGCUAACUUGAUGUGCAAAACUGACAUAAAAUGCAGGCUGGCCAAAUCUACGCUGACUCUAAUCCCACUGCUGGGGACCCAUGAGGUCAUCUUUGCCUUUAUUACCGAUGAACAUGCCAGAGGGAUGCUGCGCUUUGUGAAGCUUUUUACUGAACUCUCCUUUGCUUCUUUCCAGGGGCUGAUGGUUGCAAUUCUCUACUGUUUCAUCAAUAAUGAGGUUCAGAUGGAGUUUCGGAAAAGCUGGGAGCGCUGGAGACUGGAACAUUUGUAUGUCCAGAGAGACAGCAGUAUGAAACCUCUGAAGUGUCCGGCCAACAGCAUCAGUAGCGGAGGCACAGUAGGCAGUAGUGUCUAUGCUGCCACUUGUCAGGCCACAUUCAGCUAAGAUUUCUGCAGGUGAAUCAGACUGAGAACAACGAACUGUAUAAUAUACCUGAAAACCCUUACAUACCCAAGCAAGUGGCUUAAGUAUUCCAUCUCCAGCAAGAAACUUAGGCAUAUGCUCAUUGCCUGCAGGCUGUUGGACAAAGGUUUCUAGGGAAAGCAAUCCACUAACGUAAUCAACAUAUCAGUGGAAAAAUUGAUCAUGUCUAAAGUAAGUUAAAAGAGUUUCUUCCUAUUUGCACACAAGGCCUCCAGGUGUCCAAAACUAAAGUAUUGCAUUGAUCCAGUCUGAAACUACAGGGUCAAUGGCUUAUUACUGCUGAGUGGGCGAGCUGAGUGAUCGACUGAUUAAAUUACAAGGAUGAAGAUGAUGAUUAUUGCCAAAAAAUACAUUUAGACUUUUAUGGGGAUGGGGGAAGGUGCUAUCACAAGUUUUAGAAAAAAAGUUAGUGGGACACAACUUGUGUUUUAGGGAAGAAUCAGUUUGGUGGUAAGAGUUUCGCAAAGCUGAAGUUGAAAAUAUGCUUACCUGUUUUCUGGAUAGGUGAAAAAUAGCAUCCUGAAGAUCUAUCAGUACAGCAGAUAGUGUGGUGUAUGCUUCUGAAUGCUCUUUUUAAGCUUCACUUGUGCGGGGCAGGGUGGGGGAACCAAACCAAACCCAAACAACCAAAGCCAGUAUCUGGUAGGGGCCUCUUCUGCUGUUAAUAGGUGCAUGUUACCUCUGUGGACACGGAUGGAAAUAUCUCCUGAAUGCACAGCCCUUCCGUUUUAUACAGUACCCUGCCUCUCCAGUUGGCACACAGGUGUUAACAGGGACAGGAUAAUGACUUAUGUGUCAAGAGGACACUUUUUUCUAAGCUAUACUCUGCUUCUUGUGGGUGCAAACAUGCACUAGUCAGCUUGUGGCCACUGCUGGUCUCACCAGGCUUCCCCUGUUUGGAGAAGAUUGGGUAGGUCACAGUGUGGGCUCACUUUUGUUUCGCCUCCAGCCUUGUCCAUUUUCUCCAGCCCAGAGCAUCCCCCAAGUGGGGCUGCACUCGGGGUGGUGGGAAGGCAGCGGCCCAGCCAGGCAGCUGGAGGCUGCGGCUUCAGCACGCCGGACAGCUCCCGGGGCUGGCUGCCUUCCUCCUCCUCCUCCUCCUCCACAGCCUGCCUGCCAUCAGCAGGAUUCAAAAAUUUCUGCCCCCCCCCAACUCAACGGGCUUUUUUGUCUGUCUGCUCAAAAUUACGAGGGCUCUUGCAGUGAAUGCAUCUACACUGCUAAUUAUCUGUUACCCUCCCUGAUGUUUGAGUUGUGGGGGGGAGGGGGUGAGAAACAGAGGUACCUUUACUAGCGGGAUGUGAUCCAUUGCAUCACUUAAUUAAAAGCUUUUCAUUAUCUUUACUCAGCUUAGAUAUUCGGGGUCCAUUUACAACAGAGGCACGGUGCCAAAGACUAGCUCUAGGAAUAUCCCUGUCCAUAGCUGCCUUGUAAUAAAUAACUUCUGUGGUGUAGCAGUUAGACUGAGUACAGCAGAGAUUUUUAAAAAAAAAAAACCAAACCGCUAAUCAAGUCUCUCUCUGCACUUGUGUUCACAUCACCUAUUGCCAAGAAAGUGGACUGGAUAUUCUGGGAUGUAAUUCAGCAUCUUUCCUGCCUGAAGCUAGAUUGCUUUGCAUGGGAUUAUUUAAUCAUCAUAUUAGAAUCCAAAUUGCCAACAGGGUGGAUUAGUUUUGCUGUCAUCAGGUUAGAAUUGACUCGGAGAGGAUGGGUAUCCUUCUGCUGUAAUGCCUGUAACUGAGCUCCAGGGGGAGUCAGACUCCACCAGAGUUCUCAGGAUGGUUUACGGACAUUGAGCUGGCUUCUAUGUGGGCCGUUUCCAGGCCAUCCCUUCCUAACAUGGGUUGCAGAGCUGACCUUGGAAUGAAGCACCUCAGGUUCUUCUGUAAAUUUAAUAACUAGCUUCUAUGUUGUGUGACCAUCAGUAGAAUACCCAACUACUGCGUGUGUAUGUUAACUGCUGUCCUGCAAUUUAAUUAUUUAGCUUCCUGUACGUGGAGAGUAUGCUUGAUGUUUCUAUUUAACAUCUACCCUUAAGUGCUUUGAAUAGGAAAAGACUGAUGAAGUUAGUCACUGGUGGGUGAAAAGGCAGCAUGAUGACCGAUGAAAUUUACAGCUGUAUGAUAAUGCACACUGGAGGGAAUAAUUUUGCUCAUGAAUAAUCAAGAGUAGGUGCCAGUUUUCCAGGGCCCUACUUAGUUGUGUGCAAACCUGGACAAAAAGGUUUCUGCUAUUUGUGCAGCUUUUAGCGAGAUGAUAGUUUUGCUGCAAAUAGGAAGUUACAGGAGUGUCUUAACUCAUUAUUAUGCUGGAGAAAGUAUACGUAACAAAUGAAAGAGGAGAGACAUAGGAAUAGACAGUAUUUUUACAUGUGUGGUAAUAAACCUGUACUUAGCUGCUGUCACAGGAUUCUUUCAACAGUUUGACGUGCUUUUGAGUUACUAGGCUUUUUGCCCGAGUCGCUUACGUGAGGGCUUUGAGCCCAUGAGAACAGCUCCAACAUCAGAUGUCAAACUUACCUUUAUAACUUCUGCCUUGUUAGAAUCCAAGAGAAAACCAAGAUGACGUGAGAUCUUAGCCAAGCAGAGGGCUGUGGUGCAAUUUUUUUCCUCUCUGAUUAAGCUCUCACUUCUUCAAAUCGUUUUAAAUCCCCUUUAAGUACUGAGGGAAUAACUCAGUGAAAGUAGUGGCCACCAAAGCGGAAUUACAGUAAUUGUGUAUUUUGAGAAAUACUUUCAGCAAGGCCUAAACACCAAUUUCUCCAUCACUUUUAUCUACUUCAGUAAAACCUUUAGAAGCCCUUGUUGUUAUUCAUACCAUCUCUUUUUCAGAACUUAUAAUGUGCAUUUGAGUAGCAUGAAAUAAGUAAAGCAACACAAAGCGCUGGAACAGAUGAACUGUAUGAAUUUUUAUUUCUCGUGCCUUUCAGCUUCAUGCUCACUUAAGGUGGUAACUUGUUUCAUGAAGCAUUAAAUAGGAGAGUAUAAAUUCACCUGGACAUAAUGUAAUUAGAGUUCAUAGCAAAUGAAAACUUUAUUUCCAGCAUUGCUGCUAAAGUUUUAUGAUUUCAUGGAUGUUACCUUAUAUUUAAUAUUUAUUUGCAUGUAUUUCCUUGUUUUAAAAAACACCAACAGAAUCUAACUGUACAAGAGACUAGAUUAUCAACUCCCCAUAAACAU